AUCGGAACGCCACCUAUGGUCAAGUUGCAGACGGCGCUGUGGCUGGCGGCGGCGGCGCUGGUGCUGGUGGCGCCGCCCCCGGGGGCGGAGGGGCGGCGGGGGCGGGCCCGCGGCCGCACCAAGUCGCGCACGCAGAUCGGCCUGCCCAUCACGGGCCAGUACCGCGACGCCGAGACCGACAAGUACUACAACAACAACGACGGGGCCAAGAUUCUGGACUGGUCCCACUUCGACUACGAGUACACGCUGGGCCACAAGAUCGUCUUCCUGUGCCGCGCCAAGGGCAACCCGCGGCCGACCAUCACCUGGUUCAAGGACGGCACCGAGCUCUACUCGCACAACUACUUGCACGUUCACGAGUGGCGCAUCGGUAAGGACCAGGUGAAGUCAAAACUGGAGAUCGACCCCGCGACCCAGAUGGACGCGGGCGUGUACGAGUGCUCUGCAGACAACAUGUACUCCGUAGACAGGCGCAGCUUCAAGACGGACUUCAGCAUCGCCUUCGACUAGCCUCUGCCGGAGCCACGCGGUCGACCAGCUUCAAAUAGACUGAGCAAAGUUGUGCACUGUAAUGCCUCAAACAAGUUAUAACAAAUUGCAUAGCAUACACAACAGUACUGUACAAUAAGUGUUGCUGAAUGUGAAGUACUUCAAAAAAAUUGUAAAUAUAAAGAAUAUAUAAAAAGAUUAAAAAGUGAAUCACAAAACAA